UCUCCUUCGGCAUCCAGUCACGUGGUGUCAUGUGAGAUAUGCUUGCUAGUUCCCAGAUCAGUUUUGCUGCUAUUCCCAGUGCGAGCGCACGUGCUUUGGUUAUAAUUGUUAUCGUGAAAUUUAAUUUACGCGGAAUUUUACAUUGUGAAAUAUGACUGAUUCGUUACUGCAAAGAUUGGCUAAAGAAUUGGAAGUUGACGAACAUUUGGAUAUAUCUACUGAGGUGGCAAAUGCCCCGAGUAAUCUCGGAAGUCCUCAAAAAACAAGUACUCCGAUAAAGGAACAGCAAUCUGUUCCGGAGUCAUUAAGCGAUUCGAUAAAGUUUCUGAUCGAAUCACAACAAAGACAGUUUCAAGAAUUUCAGUCUUUGGUGAUUGAGGAAAUCAAAUCCACAAAUGCGCGGAUGGACACUUUUUGUGAGGAGCCCGCUACCAAGAAAAGAAAAUCAUCUAACGAUGAUAUAGAGAUAGAUAAUCUCUCUGUAGAAGGAAACUCUUCGCAAGAUAGAGAGGAAACUAAGCCAGACGGUAAUAUUUCAAUUUUGUCUAAACUUUCAGACAAAUUCACUUUUUCCGAAAAGACGGGGCCGUGUAUUAAUUCAGAACUAUCUAAAAUUCUGAAAUCUAUUGUUCGCGAUCGGCAAACAAAAAAGGAUGAUGAAAAAAGAAGAACUGAUCUAUUGGAGAAGAAUCCUCGGCCCGAAAAUUGUGAUUACCUCUCUACUCCGAGGGUUAAUCCCGAAAUUUGGAGAAAGAUUUCAACGACUACGAGAUCAAAGGAUAUUGAAUUUCAGAAAACACAAUCCUCUCUUCUCCGGGCUUUUGGACCUGUUGCGUAUGUUCUGGAAAAACUGGUUGAAAAGGAUCCAAAAGGCGAAAAUGAGGAAAUUUCACCGCUAAUCGAAAGUCUAAUGGAUACCGUGGUUCUCCUUUCUAUGGCUAAUGAUGACAUGAAUGAAUAUCGAAGGAACAACAUCAAGCCUGAUCUGCACACGGAUUAUAGAUCCUUGUGUUCUAACCAGGUUCCGGUGACGGAAAUGCUUUUUGGAGAUAACAUUGCCGAUCAACUAAAAUUGAUUCAGGAAGCCAACAAAGUUGGAAAGAAAGUUGACAAAUAUCAAUCGUCAACAAAGCCUUUUUUAGGAUCAAGGCCUUCUUGGACAAAUGGAUCCAAGAAGGGAAAGACGGGGUGGGGAAAACAAACCCGAGACAACACCCAGUCAUCCGUAUGGAACAAGGGCAGCAGUGUGCGGACCCCUUACAAAGCAAAGAAGUUCUAGACUCGCAGCAUUAUAGACAGAGUGUUACAGAAAAUAAAGCAAGACAGGGCCGAAGGAAUUUUAAUUGUUCCGUGUUGGGAAACACAGUUAUGGUUUCCGGUGCUAAUGAGGAUGUGUGUAGCUCCGCCCAUAAAGAUUCCGAA